UCGCCAGAUCGCGGCGAGGUUCGGGCAUGUACGCGCGGUUUUCUGGCGUUUUUGCGGCAGCGACAUCAAUCGACGCUCAAACAGUCGGUCAUUUAAUCCAGACUCCUUUCUGCCGCUGCACAGCACAAAGAAACGGCAGCAAAAACCCGAAACAAACAGGAGGGCGCGAUUCCGUCGAUACCGGGGUGUGCCAGUGGGGGGCGCCACGCAGGCGCUCUUCCCGCGCGCUCCCGAGCGGGCGCGCGUGCGCGUGCGCGAGCGACACUGCCGCACAGCCUCGCUGCCGGGAGACGGAGACCGAGACGGAGACAGACGGGCGGGCGGGCAUGUCGGACGGCGGGAGCGCAGACUCGGCGGGGGCUCGGAACGGAGCCGGUACCGGCGUGGUGAACCGGGGCGUCGGCAACCAAGUGACGGUGGUGCUGGGCGCCCAGUGGGGCGACGAGGGCAAGGGCAAGGUGGUGGACCUGCUGGCCCAGGACGCGGAUAUCGUCUGCCGAUGUCAGGUGAGGGGUAGUGUGCGCAGAGCCGGAGCUCCCGGCCGCAGCCAGGAAGGGCGAGCCGGGCAGGGUGCAGCCCCGUCCGGCUUCCCCGCUCCCCGGCACGGCGGCUGCGGGAACAGCAAUGCGGUGUGGCUGCGCUCCAUCGGAAGGUCACGGCGUGCCAUGAGUUAGGGAAACGCCAGGCGAGCGCAGCUUGAUUGCUAAUGUCACCUUGGGCUCGCCGCUUCGGGCUUGACUCGACGCUUGUUUCCGUGUUUGUGUUUGUGUUUGUUUACUGGACCGGCGGUGUGUUGCGGCGCGCAGCUUCAACGGCGCAACAUCACGUCGCAGCACAGAAGACGAGUGUCGCCUCGUCCAGCUCGCUGCGGAGCGGGGCUGUCGGGCCAGCGGAGCCGGUCUGGCGCGAAUGCAGGGCGCAGCUCGCCGAGUCCUGUACCGGGGAGCGGAGUUGGGUCUUGCGUGCAGUGGGCAUACCUGAACGGGCCCGCUAGAAGUGCUGUGAAAUCUUCCCCAUUGGCGUGCUGGUGGUGUCAGGUUGUGUUUGACUCUCACACCGGGCUGGCACGCGUGUCGUCUGGGAGAUCGUUUUUUUGCGUCGAUGCUGCUAAGGAUUAACUAAACCUACCGGUUUUCCUUUUUUUUUUUGUAAUUCUCCCAUUAACAUGACUCGUCUUUAACCUUAAGUACAAUGUACUUAAUUAACUUUCUCUCAGGGAGUCAAAAACUCUUGACUUGAGUGGCGUCAGACCAUUGUAGCAUUUAUGUCCUGAAGUGAGCGUUUUGGAUAAAAAAAAAAUGUUCCACGUUUUUCGUAACUGAAGAGGACUGUGACCAGUUUGAGGUUUCUUGUUAAGGCUUCUCUUCACGGCAAGAAAAAUCUUCCCUUGAAAGUUAUUAGUGCAAAGGUCGUGAUUCAACUAGGGAAGGUCAUGUUUAACACACUUACUGGAAUUCUUUCAACACGCAGCGAGGACAAUUGAUAACACUAAAGCAACAUGGCGUGUUUAAAUUUUCAUGACAUUCAUAAAGGUCUUUUACAAAAUAUUAAUCCUCAAAUUAAAAGCAUAGGACCUCAAGGUAACUGGUUAACUAUCAGGAAACAGUACCUCAAAGGAGACAUCCUUGAACUCAAAAACAUGUCUAACGGAGUGACAUUAAUCUCGCACAUCAAAUCUUAGAUGACCCGUCUUAUCCACUCUUUUUAGAAAAAUAAAUUAUUUGCAUUUAGGUAUCUUCUUAUCAUCAUUGUGUUUAGACCCUAUAUAAGCUAACUGCCUGUUUAAUACUGGAUGAGCUCUGUUAAAUGUUUGUACUGUUUUUGUAUUAUUGUGGUAUAUGUUAUAUGUUUAUGAGGUCUUGAUGUGCUAGAUAAAUUCAGUUAGGAGUGAUAAAGGUUAGUUUAAUUCAAAUAUAGUAUAGUCUAACCUCUUUCUGGGAUCUAAGACCGAAGCAGUGGUAUGCUGCAGGAUUCCAAAUUAGGCCCCUAGCUCUUCCAAAAAAUUCACAUCUCUACUGAGUGUUAGACUUGCAGAUGAUAUAAAAGUGAGCCACACACAACCAGCAGCAAAACCGCUACAAAAAAAGAUGUAGACAGAGCUAUGGAUUGGAUCAGCACACAACCAAAGCAGUUUGCAGUAGUACAGUAUCUAAGUGCGCAGGGAUUCCCACUGGCAAUAGGAACACUGUCGGAAGUUGCACACGAAAGGGCUCUGGGUUUUUUGUCGACUCUUCUAUUUAGACAAUGUGGGGAAGCAGUCAAAAAGUGAACAGAAAACCCUGGUAUAGAAUAAAAUGUGGUGUUUUACAAUGUGGUCAUGAAAAGACCUCACUUGGGAAGUUGUUUGGAUUUAGUCACCACAAUCCAAAAAGGAUAUCACAGCCUUGGAAAGAGUUCAGAGAAGAGCAGCAUGAAUGAUUGCUUGUGUCAGGGCAUUGUUCUAUGCAUACAGGUUAAAUAACCUCUGUCUAGAAUAAAGGAGAUUGAGAGGUGAUUUGGUCUAGGUCCUGUAUUUCAGAUUCUAAGGGAUCCAUAUUGAGACAGCACACAGGCCUGUGUCAGGAUCAGGACUGACACAAGGAGCUCAGACUGUGGGCUCGUCCAGGAAGAGCCUGCUGAUUUGCUUCAACGCUGAGUUACCAAAUGAGUCAGACGUUGUUAAAUGGCUUCCUCUUGUUUGCAAUAUUUCCCAAGUACUGUGUGGCACAAAGAGUUUUACUCGCUUUGGAACCAAACCUACAUCAAAACGAAAAGAAGCUUGUGUUUGAAAUGCCCAGGGAAGUUGGUAACGUUUCCUGUACCAGAGGGCACCCCAAUGGUCUAGUCUUAUCUGUCGUGUUAAACAAAGUUGUCGCAAUUGGGUGGUAAUCCAUUUCUCUCUGUUGUGCAGAGCCCGCCACUUUAUUUUGGUGAAUUUGGAGAAUUUCCCGAGAUUGCAGGAACUGAGCUGCACUGGGGGUGGGGCUGUGCUUGUAUUUCGGGUGGGACUUAUUUUACAGACCAGUUGCUGGUGGGGAUGUGGGUGCUAAUCACAGGACUAAAAUGUUGGUGGUUUUGUGACAUGUUCCAUCUCCGGAUCUUUAGGAUUCCCAAGGGCAUUAAUAUCCCACAGUACUUCAAAAGAGCCUGAGUAGCCUUUUGGAAAAGGAGGGGAUGUUAAUUUCAGGGGGUUACCACUUAACCAUACUAACAUGAGAACACUGUUGUUUUAGACUGUCCACGUCUUUGUUGUUACACGCUUACUGUGUCAAUACAAUAAAGGCUAGAGUGGGCAUGAGCUACAGCUCACAACUAGUCCCUGUGCACUUUCUGCUUCUCAUGUGCUUUAGGGUGAAACAGGUGCUGGUUUGUUUGUAUGCAAAGUGAAACUCUUUAAGAUCAUUUUAUUGUCCAUCACCGCUAUGUCUUGUCCCAAGCAGUUUUUGUUUUGUUAAUUUGCAGAACCAGAAACAAAUUGAAGCUAAGGACAUCAAAAAACAUUUCUUUGCAAAGCAGCGUGCUGCGACAUUUGAUCAUUUGCAAGGCUUGAGUGGACUUCAUUUCCCUCAGAAGCGAGAGACUGAAAUUGAAAUAGGAAAUGGAAGCAGGCGAUAAGUCUCCUGGUUCAGCUUUCUUUUUUUGCAGAGAAGUGUGGAGAGACUGGAUGGGGAGAGAUGCACAUGUCCUCUGGUGCUUGCUUCUUUGUGAAUCGGCAGGAGUCUUGAUAGGGGGUUGCAGGUAUAAAGGCAGACUGAGUUUUCUUUAACCAUAUGUGAGCCCCAUAGCCAGGAAGGGCACCUGCCUUACUGUAUUCACUUAUCACAUGCACAUUGUUGGUUUUAUUUCAGCCAGUCUG